UAAUCACAACCACUGAACUCCAUUGCUUUCCACCCCUCAACACCACUGCACCGAUACACGACACCCGUCUCACUGACUCGGACAAAGUGCUGGUUUGAGCUGGCUUCCUUUGUUUUGGCCUUCCUAUAGCUCUCCCCCCGAUCUUGCCUGCAACCUGGCCACCGGAUAUCCGCACGAGCCAGAUUCGAGCCAAGAAGGUGGGUGCUUGUGAUUAGCAGCUGAUUGUCCCCUCAGUUGUAUGGCUUCAUUUCCCCCCCUCCCCCUUCUCGCCGCCUCCCCCGCCAUGCUGUUUCAUUUGUCCCUUGGUGGUAUCCCGACGAUUCAGGAAGUUCUUGCUAUGAUAGACGAUGCGGUGGCAACUUGGGGAGAAAAUAUUUCAUCUACCGGUCCAGGCAUAAACAACGAGAACACAACUGCCAUGGCGUUUCCCCUCCUUUUCCCAAGGCUUCGGUGCUGAUGAGUCUUUUUGGGCAGAAAGGGAUAUAUCCAAAGCGA